AUGCAAGACGCAAAUUCAUCAGAAAACACCCAUGGAUCAUAUGAAAAGGCCAAUCCCUAUAAAUACAGAUGUAUUAUGUACAUGUAUUUAGCAAAUUACGGGGCGACCCAGAUUUCAUUGGUGGUUGGCAUGAGUCUGUCAACUGUCAAGUACAUCGUUAAGAGAGUGGACAAGACAGGAUCGCCUGAGUCAAGAAAAGGGUCCAGACAACCUAGAAAGAUUGAUGAGAGGACAGAAAGACACCUUGUUCAAAUAGUUUGUAAGGACCCCUUUGCCUCAUUUUCUAGGCUAAGGGCUUCCUUAAAGAACAUGGAGAGCUGUUUCUGGGCCAGUGGUUUUGGCCCUUUGGUGUUCCUAGAUGGUAACGCAAACCAAGAUCAAUACGUAAACACUUUGGCUCAGAACUUCCUCCCUUGGUUCCAAAAUCUUUCGUGGGAACAAAACAGGAGCUUUGUGUUCCAAGAGGAUAACGCCAGCUGUCAUACUGGGUUGUACUUGAGGUGGUGGAAAGAUAGCCAUGAGAUCCGAGGUUUUGACUACUGA